AAGAUAUUAAAAAUUUAAGAAAAAAGAAAAGAAAAUUCAUCGAUCAAUAUUUCUCCCCCAAUUCCCAAAGAAUUUGAUUAUCGCCAUUCAUUGCUCACCUUCGGUGGGUAAACUUCCCCAAAUCCUUGCGCCGCCGCCAUCCAAAUCUCAUCAGCAUCAAUUUUCGAUCGACCGGUAAAGCAAUUAGGGUUUCCAAGAAACGGGAAUGGACGACAGCUGUGCGGUUUGUGCUGAUAAUUUGGAAUGGGUUUCCUAUGGCGCCUGUGGUCAUCGGGACGUCUGCUCCACUUGCGUCUCUCGUCUCCGAUUCAUCUGCAACGAUCGACGCUGCUGCAUCUGUAAAACUGAAUCCAACGUCAUCUUCGUCACUAAGGCUUUAGGGGAUUAUACGAGGAUGAUAAAUGACUUCUCUGUAUUGCCAUCUGAUGUAAGAGAAGGACGGGUGGGUUCUUAUUGGUACCAUGAGGAUACACAGGCCUUUUUCGAUGAUGUUGAUCACUACAGGAUGAUCAAGGCAAUGUGCAGGCUUUCGUGCAGUGUAUGUGACAAGAUGGAUGAGCAGUCCAAUGAUGGGGCGAAGCGGCGAGGGAAGUUUAGGAACAUUGAACAGCUGAAAGGUCAUUUGUUUCAUAAACAUAGAUUGGUUAUGUGCAGCCUGUGUUUGGAGGGUCGAAAGGUGUUUAUUUGUGAACAAAAGCUAUAUACUAGAGCACAGUUACAUCAACAUAUAAACACAGGUGACUCUGAGGUGGACGGAACUGAGAGUGAGAGAGGUGGCUUCAUGGGGCAUCCUAUGUGUGAGUUCUGCAAGACCCCAUUUUAUGGGGAUAAUGAAUUAUAUUCACACAUGUCCACGGAGCACUAUACAUGUCAUAUAUGCCAAAGGCAGCAUCCAGGACAAUAUGAAUAUUACAAGAAUUAUGAUGACCUUGAGAUUCAUUUUCGCCGAGAUCAUUACCUAUGUGAGGAUGAGGCUUGCCUUGCCAAAAAGUUCAUCGUCUUCCAGUCUGAAGCUGAACUAAAGAGACAUAAUACCAUUGAACAUGGAGGUCGCAUGUCUCGAGCACAACGUAGUGCUGCUUUACAAAUUCCAACAAGCUUUCGGUAUCGUCGAAGUAAUGAAGAAAAUCGCCGUGGAAGGGGACGAACAUUUCGGCGCGAGGCUUCUGAUAAUGACUAUCAACUUUCAAUGGCCAUUGAGGCAAGUUUGGGAAUGGCCAGUGAUCCUCCAGCAUCAUCUACAGCACAGGCAGUCUCUAAUCAUAGAGACACAAAUGAUAUCGAUCCGCUUGUUCAGCCUUUUGAGUCAUUAUCUACAACAGAUGCCGAAUCAUCUUCUAGAUAUCUUCAAGCUUUGGGGACAGGUUCAAGGGGUGGACCUUUGCAAGAAUCUUCUUUUCCUCCUCUCCCUGUGGCUCCCAGCACCAGUCAACAGAAGUCCCAACAUAGCUCAGGUUUACCGAAUAACACCAUGGCAUCGCAUCUACGGAGACAGAAGAAUGGGAAUAAAAAUGCUUUGAGUUCAGCUCAAGCUUGGCCAGCAACAAGUCGUAGGACUGGGCAAGCAUCAAGUAUUUCAAGUCAGGUUAGACCAGUAGCAAAUGUUGCAGCUGUAACAUCGCUUGGUAAUGGUAAUGGUAAUGGUAAUGGUAACAGGGUUGCACAGUUGGGCUAUGCAAGCUCGACUCAGGCUCAGGCUCAAGCCCGAACUCAAUCUCAGCCUCAGGCUCAGGCUCAGGCUCAGGCUCAGGCUCGACCCACAACAGUAGAUAUAUUGAUGUCAUCUGGUUCUCGAACAAGCUCAGGCAGCACAAGUAGGAUUAGCCAUUCUUCAUCAGCUCCAAAUCUCAGUGAUGGGGGAUACUCAGAACCAUCUGCUUCUGAUUUUCCUCCUGUUUCUGCUGCACAAAGGCAGAAGCAAUCCUCAAGCAGCCAGGUGCUGACAAAUGUGGAAGAUGUUCGUACGGCCAACAAAUCUUUGGUGGAAAAGAUGCGAGCUGCUCUUGAUUAUGAUGAAGAAAAAUAUACUGCUUUUAAAGAAGUAUCUGGACAGUAUCGUCAGGGCUUAAUAGGCACAGAUAGAUAUUUGGAUUAUGUACAUCAGCAUGGCUUGUCACAUCUAGUUCUUGAGCUGGCUAGACUCUUGCCUGAUGUUCAGAAGCAGAAAGAACUAAUUGACACCUACAAUGCUAGUUUACAAAGCAAUGGUCUGCAAGAGAAUGGUGGUGGGGCCCAGGGCAGUGUGUUGUGGAAGGAGAAGGAUGCCUCUAAGAAAGGGAAAGGAAAAGGGAAAUCUGUUGAUACUGCUGGCAGUAAUUCAAAGGAUGUUCUGGCCGAUAGUAUUCUCAGCACUGUCCGCCAAUUGCAGUCAAGUUAUAAGCCUACUGAAGAAAUUACGGAAGUGCUAUCAAAGGAUGGUUACCGUCGUUCCAAAGGUAAAGCAAAGGUGAUGGUGGAGGAGCAGCUGGUGCAACUCAAUUCAAGCAAUCAGCCAUCAAUAAGAAUUGGGGGCCAAAAUGAGUCCUUACCAGUGAAAGCUGGAUCAGGGGAUGGGGGUGGUGGUAGCAAGCAGCGAAAAAAAACCUCGAAGUUCCACCGAGUUCGGCUUGGUGAUGGUUCAAUGGCAUCACUACUGGAUCUCAAAAAUUCUGAGCCAGACCCUGAACCUGAACCAUUAGAUAACAAGUUUGAUAGUAGCCAAAACGCAACUGGAGCACUGCCUGUACGGGGGGUAUGGAAGAAGGGAGGAAGUAAAAAGCUCUUUUUAUAACAGGCAAUCAGCCAAACUCUUACUGAGGAAAUGGUGUUUGACAACAUUUCUUGUUUAGAAAUUAUCUUAAUAGUGCCGUCAAAAAGUGAUCGAGUUUUGCUAUGAGCUCGAAAAGCUGUCAAUAGAUGGAGAAGAUUCUAUUAAUGGCCUGGGGUUUUUUUUGGGUUAGCCACUAAUACAUUGUGCCCAACAUGGUAAUCAUGAAUGAUCUUUUGGAUUCUGGACGUGUUUGUUACAAAGUUAGCAUGCAUUUUCACCGAGUAUAAGAAAAUUACAAAGUUGAAGACUUUUGGUUUGUUUUUGAUACUUAUAAAGGUUCUUGAUUUGUCUUCAUACAA